CUCAACGAGAUUUUGCUUUUUGCUCCUUGUUUUUGCUGGUCUUGUUGGAAAGUCCAUAGAGUAAUAUAUAUCGGAAAAAUAUGGGAGUAUUAUGGAGCGCGUCCACGAGCGCGACGGCCCGUCUGACUGCCUCCAUGGGUUGAAGAACACGUCGUCGACGUCGUCGACAUAACGCAAAGUGGACACGCGCUGCCAACACAUAAGCGAAAUGAUUGACGGUCUGGAGAACAAUCCAGUCCAACAUGUCACCAACUCAUCAGACCAUCCCGAGACCAACAUUGGCACAUUCACAACUCACCAGAUUGGGAACUUGGACCUGACCCUCCACUCACAUUCAUUAAAGGCUGGCAGCCUUUUAUGCAUACCAGAAGAGGCCUCCUUGGAAAACUACAUGAGAGUUUACAAGGAGCAAGUUAACAAGCAACUUACUACUGUUGCCUCUGCGAAGGACGAUGUUGAAGCACUAAAGGAGACAAACAUGGUCCUUACGGGUUUAACGAAGCAGCUGCUUGAGCAGAAUGAUGUUCUAGUUUCCAGUCUUGUGGACGUGGCAAGAGAAGGAGAAUGUCGAGCUGUUCAAAUGCAGAAGCGACUACGUGAAAGUGCACAGGCUACGAAGGUAUCCUCCUCUGGUUCUGCACCUUUGCCAGUAACAGCAUCCCAGGAAACUGGAAACAUUCCGUUUUUUUUCCACGCUUUUCAGGAUGUUGUGCUGACAAUGAGUGACUGGGGUGAAGAAAUUAGAGACCUUAUCAUCAGGAAAUGCCAAGCAGAAAACUUGAUCCAUGAAGCUGAAACCAGUCUAUCGGCACUCAGAAAUGAAAAUCACUCUCUUAAGGAAUACAAUGAAAACUUGUGGCAUGAUAUUCAGUCACUACUAAACAUAAUCAAGGAAGCACGAAGCUCUGGGCACUGGGAGAUGGGAUUGGUCACAUUCUGCGAAAUUUCUCCGGAAGACGUGUUUGGACCUAUUUGCAGACUGUCUGCCAAACACCAUCCAGAUCCGUUUUUAAGGCAUGAUAAUAACAGUACUGAUGAUCUCGUCUUAUUGGAACAGCCUUUGGCAGAGGAAUCUGUGCUUUACAAACCUGACCAUGUUGGCUCGAUGAGUGAGCCUCAAUCUCCCAGGUGCUCUUCAGACGACAAUGAGCAAGGUAUUUUGAAUGGAAAUGCACCCUCUAGCAUGGCUGAAUCUUUGAAGGAACAUUCUUCAGCUCACAAUGAGGCCCCUUGUUUGUCAGAAUGCCAUGACCUACUAACUCCUGCAGUGGACACCACUAAGAUUCUGUGUAAUGGAUUCACUAAGAGUAAUGAGGAGUCCAUGGAGGGCCACUCUGGGGGAAGUGUGGUCCUAGAACAGGAGCAGAGCCAGUGUACAGGCCUUAAAAGAGAGUACCGGUCAGUUUGUCAAGAUGGGCUGUUGAAGGGCCGUCCACCUAGCCGAGCCAGAUCAUUGUUGAAUGGUCUUCAAGGAAGUUCGCCAGAAGAGCCCUAUGACACCCCAUGUGGCCCAUAUUCGCCUGCAGACUGUAAACGUGUCCUCUUUCCAUCAUCUCCACCUGCGAAAGGUUCGGACUGCUUUCCCGUGGCAGAACCUUCCAAAGUAAACUGUGCUGCACAGACUGAAGAGAAAGAAACUUCGUCAGUCGUCAUGGGCACCCAGACUGAUUUUCUGUCAGAGACGUGCCUUCCAAGUGGUAACGAAGUCAGAGGUCAGGAGCUGGGAUCCCUGCGGGAACGGUUAAAUCUGGCCCUACAAGACGAGUACCGGUCAGUUUGUCAAGAUGGGCUGUUGAAGGGCCGUCCACCUAGCCGAGCCAGAUCAUUGUUGAAUGGUCUUCAAGGAAGUUCGCCAGAAGAGCCCUAUGACACCCCAUGUGGCCCAUAUUCGCCUGCAGACUGUAAACGUGUCCUCUUUCCAUCAUCUCCACCUGCGAAAGGUUCGGACUGCUUUCCCGUGGCAGAACCUUCCAAAGUAAACUGUGCUGCACAGACUGAAGAGAAAGAAACUUCGUCAGUCGUCAUGGGCACCCAGACUGAUUUUCUGUCAGAGACGUGCCUUCCAAGUGGUAAUGAAGUCAGAGAUCAGGAGCUGGGAUCCCUGCGGGAACGGUUAAAUCUGGCCCUACAAGACGCACAGUCAAAAACUCUUCUGGCAAUGCAACUUCAGGCACACCUAGACGCAUCUGCUAUGCAGGUGGAACUCAGAGACCAAGCACUUCAAAACUUGGAGAAGAAGCUUACAAUGUCACGAGAAAAUUGCGACCACUUAAAGAAAGACAUGAUCUCCGUUCGGUUCGAGCUAGAAGAAGCCCAACAGGCCAUUGAAAAAGAGCGUACACUACGUGCCCAAUCCGUAGCCGAGGCAGAACAGCUUACCUUGACAGUGCAACAUCUGCGGGAAGCAUUGGUCAGCUCUAAGAGAGCCAUGGAGGAAGCAAGGCGAUCAUCGAAGGACGACACCGUAACUCACAACAACCUAUCAAGAGUCCAUGACAUCUGAACCAAAGCUCACUAGCAUCUUUGGAAAGCAAUGCAUCUGUUGUUGGCUCUUGCUAGGAAGCACUGUCCUUGGGUGGUCCUGGAGAAAUGAUUGGGGGCUGUCUACUAGUUGCAGGAUGUUGUGCUUUAGAAUACAUACUGUCUCAGUGGUAGUGGUGGUCGAAUGGUGCUAACUUCUUGCUGUUCACUUUUGUGUGUGUACAUUUUGGGCAUGAGAGUGUGUUAGUAUGUGUGUAAUUUUGCAUUCCAUUGGCAAUGCUUUAAGCUUUGUCUUAUUUUUUUUAGCUCAGUUGCCAAGCAUAAGGCUUUUUAUACUGUGAUUAUUUUUUGCUUCUUUGGUAUAUUUUGAGCAUAUUUCAGUCCUUUGCCAGGCAUGGGUGUGCUCCAAGAAAUGGCUUGAGGAGAGUUGAGAAGUCUAAGAGGAGAAGUUCCGUGAUCUCACUUCAUGAGUUAUGGGCAUAGCAUUAUCCAUGCAGAACAUUUCUUUCUUAACACGGAAAUUCUGUUGAGAGUUUACAGAGUAGAACCUUAGACAAGGAAGAACAACAAAAUGCACCAUAUUCUAAACUAACUCGGUUUACUGACAUUUCUACUAUUCCAGUGUUAACAAAUGUGCCUUUCUUCAUGCCAUCCCUGUGCUCACUGGGAGGUGCAAAUAUUAACAAUUGCUAGUACGAGCAGACAAUUAGGGACAUUAAAUUCGUAUUCAAACCUUUUAUAUUUGUGAGUCUUAAAUUUUGCCUCGGCCAUUAGUGACAAGCUGUUCAUUUUUCGUCCAUGUAUCAUUAUGACUUGGUCUGAUCUUCUUGCUACUUUUAGCUGUUUUUUGACGUUUCUCAAAUCCUGAAAGUUUGAUUUAGUAUUUGAAGCUAGUAAUCAUGAUGUUUAAAACCCUGAGACAGGGAAGGAAACUUGAAGAUGUAUUAGAAGAAACAGAAGAAAGGCGACAGACAAGCAUCUCAAACUUGGCUAACAAAAUGUAUUUCAUACAACGCUUUUGUACCCUUCUCCCAAAGUUCUCCACAUCAAAAAAAAAAAUCACACACACUUUGUUUUAAGGAAACUUAAUUCUAAGUCAGUUUGCUCCAAACACAAAGGCAUGAGCCAAGCAGUAGGGCCAGGCAGGAACCCCGAGAUACAGCCCACCUAAAAACAAGAGCAAAUCGGGUGAAAUAAUGGAUUGGGCUUGCUUUCAGAGUAUAGUCAAGAAAAGUUGAAAAAAUGCUAUUUUUAGGUAAUGUGUUUUAGGCCAAGCUUGUUAGCGUGGCAAGAGGCAACGGAACAAACGUGACUACUUCCUAGUCCGCAAUGUUCGCUUAUGUCCCACGAUAGCUAACUAGCAGCAUUUACGCCGAGGCCACCAUUGAUCCCAACAUUACUAUUACUAGGGGUGGACUAUCUUUUGGUGUUUAAAAAAAAUACAGCAAAUCAAGCCAAAAUAGGGUUGGGCUAUCUUUCGGGGGUGGGGCAUCUCUCGGGAUUUUACGGUAAGUCCUUUGACACACAGAUACAAAAAGGAAUAGAGAACAAUGACAGUUGAGAUCGCAGAGCUUCCUGCAUACAAACAGUGCAAACAAAUAUAUAUAUCACCUAACUGUAUUUUUUUUUUUUUCCACUGUCCAUAUGCAGGAAGCUCUGCGAUGUUAACUGACGCUGCUCUUCUAUUCUUUUUUGUAUCUGUGUGUCAAAGGACUUAGGUUGGUUUUCACUGUUUCGCUCUGGGUGGCCUACUGUUUGGUUCAUGCCUUUGUGUGUUCGGAACGAACUGACUUAGAAUUGAGUCACCUUGAAAGCAAAGUGCUCUGUGUGUGUGUGUGUGUUUUUUUUUUUUUUGUUUCUUUUAAUGUUGUGGACGACUUAGGGAGAAGGGUAUAAAAGCGUUAUAUGAAAUACAUUUUGUUAGCUGAGUUUGAGACGCUUGUCUGUCACCUUUCUUCUGUUUCUUCUAAUAUAUCUUGAAGUUUCCUUCCCAAACUCAGGGUUUCAACAUCAUGAUUAAUACGCACCAGCUCGCCUGCACGUUAGCCACUUUUUUUCACUUGAAGCUAGUCUUUGACUAGGUGAAUUCAAUUCAGUUUUGUAAAUUUUACUACUCAUCCACCCCUCCAAUCUAUUUUUAACUUUGAACCCAAGGCAGGUUCAAGUUUUAUGUAGCAUUCAUCAUUUUAAAAAAUUGUUACUUUCAUGCAAGAAAGCAAGUCGUUAACAAACAAUAAAAAUGAUUGGGAUGUAACAUCCUCUCAGAGAGAGAAGAGGUCUACAUAGUUCACAACUGUGCCUGGUUAUAUGUGGGCCGUAGAUUUUCCCGCAUAUAAGGAAACUUGACGGAUGUUUUUCGGUGUUGAUUUUUUUUGCAAAUAUCUGUGUAUUUCAGCUAUUUGUUUUUGGGCGGAUGCUAAAACCUGUGAUUAUCGGUGAAAAAAUCUCAUGAAAAACUAACAGCUUAUGUCUAAGAGGCGAGGGUUUUAACGAAAACCGGCCUAGCUGGAGCGAAAAUUUUCUGAAAUUGGUAUUUUCUAGUUUUAUCUGAGUUUGUAUUUUUGACACCAUAGUUGUUUACCGGUGUGUGUGUGUGUGUUUUUUUUACCGAUUUUGUAUUUUUGACGUUGUCGGAUAUUUACCUGUGUUUUUCAGUUAAAACUUGAAAGUCUUGGCCUCGUUAUAGAUUGUUGGCAUUUGUCUCUAUUAUGUACCUUGCAAGAUAACACUUAUUUGUCUAAGUGUACUACAUGUACUAUGGCACCUAUUCUGUAUUGGCCAUUUUCUGGCCAAUACAGAAUAGGUUGACAGCACCUGACUAACAGGAAAGGAUUUUAUUUUAAAGGGCUCGUAAUUUUGUUUGUGCCUUCAUUUGUGACUGCGAGUAAGGGAAUUUUGGAGCAAGUCCAAUGCUUUUUAUUUAGAAGGGUUUUAUUUUUGGCAUGGUCUGCAGUUCAUCCUGUUGUUUGUUAGUUUUAGGUAUAGAAUUUUGGUACACUUUGCCUCUUAUUAUUGUCUCAUGAGGAAACUGACAAUAUUUCUAAAGAACAGAAUUAUUUAAUUUAUCGCAUAUCUUGCCCCAUUUGGUUUUGUGUUGGCUUUUUUUUUUUUUUUUUUUUUUGUCAAAAGUCGUUGCAAAAAGCUAAAAUCUGGUAACAUUUCUUUUUUUAAUUUUAAUUUCAGUUUUUUGGUAAAUACUACCAUGUACAGUGUGUAUAUUGUACCAAAAUGAUCUGGUGGGCAAGUUGGUUAUACAUAAUAAACACUGAACCACCAAGGACGAGUGAAAUACGUAGACAGGACAAGUGCUAGUACACCGUUUAUCGAUAGGAUUGAGUCACAUAGCAAAGCAGGGAUUCUGAAACUUUGAUUUCAAAUAUCACCUACCCUUCUUGAUUGAUAGCUGAGGAACUCUGCCGGUCUUGGCAUUGAUGCAGUGGAAAUUAGGAAAAUAAAUAAAUAAAUAAGCUAUGGGGAACCCCUGUGCUCCUUGGAACCUUGUUAGAGAAUUCAUGCUACAAAAGCCUAUCAUCAUCAUCAGCAAAUAGAAAAAAUAUGGGUAAAGUACUAUUCGCAAAUACUUCACACUAGAAGGAUGAUUAACGGUUGAUAGUGGAGCUUGUUGGUACAUACUUGUAUAUAUAUUUGACAGCUUGAAGCUAGCAUACGUUCACGGGAUUACGCACAAAUUGAAAAAGAUCGCCGCGAGGAAUGAGAUCCAAGUAGUAUGCUCCGCGCCUAACAAAGCGUACUCCAUGUGCAGACGAGUUAACAACAAAACAGGCAAAGAAAAAAACGUGCGACAUUGCCCACAGAACACAAUAUGUACCAUGCAUGACAGGAGUGGUUUACAACAUUCCCCUUUCAUGCGGGAAGUGCUACAUCGGCCAGACGGGCCGAUGCAUUAACGACAGAGCCCGCGAGCACGCAGCAUCCCUUAAAGGAACGUCGGCAGGGCAUCUUGCAGCUCAUUGCAGGACUUGCCGCUGCAGUGCAGCGUUCAAGGACAUAACCAUCCUAGCCAGUAAUAACAAUACUCAUGCGCGCGAGAUGCUCGAGGCGCUUGCUAUCGAAGAACAAGCGAGUGGGUGCGUCAGCACCCCGUCCAUCACUAUUCACAAAAAGGAGAGACAAUAUCUACGGUGCGUCACGGUCCAGAAAAUGGCAGUAUGAGCUUGUGGCGGGUGAAGUUAAAAUAUUAGUUUAGGUUUAGGUAAUGUGAAAAUUUUGUAAACAUACACAUGCAUUAUUAUAUUAGUAUAAUAGGUUUUAAUAUGUAAGAAUUUUUGUUGGUGUCUGAAAACACGCAAGGAAAAAGAAGUUCCCACUAAAUAAUCGUUGGUAGUCAGCUGUCUAUUCUCUCCUGUCUCAAUUUCUCUAUAUCUUCCCCUGGUUCAAGCUGUCAAAUAUAUAAUACAAGAAGGAUGAUGUUUGUAUUUGAAAGCAACCUAAAUGAGCAGGGCUCUUUGAAGAUAGAUAUGGAACAGAUUUAGGCUUGUAAAUAUUAUUUGUAGUUUUCAAGACAAAUUAUUGGGCAAAUAUUACUGAGUGCUAUGAUACUGGUGAAUUGAAACUGCCAGUAGUGAAGUUAUACGUCUUUUUUGUUUUUUCUUCCUACUUUUUUCUGUUUUUGGUAUACUUUUGUUACAGAUUGAAAGUAUUUUGUUCAAUUUAGAUUUCUUAGGAUUUUCCAAUUAUCCUUACCUCUGCCAUUCUGGGAUCAGAGGUUGGCUUAUUUUCCAUGGAGAAAUUCAUUAUUAGUGUGUGUACAUGCUGAAUGUUUAUGAUCAAGGAAAGAAAAAGGGAGGGGGUUACCUUGAUGGGGGUUCCGUUUUCAUUGCAAACUUAUCGGGCCCAGCAGACAUUCAGUAGUGGAAUAACCGUCAUGAUCAUCAGUUGGCUGGUUAACUACAACUGAUGAGUCAACGUUUUAAUUACUGCCAACAUUGGUAGCAUACACUAGCUUGUUAAGCAAGAGCGUUGCCAGCACACUAGAGUGAGUGACAGAUGCACAAAAAGACUAUAGAAUAUUGAGGAGUUGGCACUGCUUCAGUUAUCGUAUUGGCUCCUAGCCAUGGUUGCGCCCAGCUACGAGCGUGUUGCGAUCUAUGCAUCAUGGUAUGCAAAACUGGAUGCCUAGUUUUGAAUUUAGAUAGCAUGAACGCAAUAAAUGAUUAAUUAAUAUUCCAAAUUGCAUGGCCUUUUUUCAAAUUGUGCUUAUUUGUAUGACCUUUAGUAAUGACUGCACUCAAGACUGCAGUUGUAGCGUGUCCCCUUAAGCUGGUGGCUCUCAAACGGGGGACUGAAGCCCCUUUGGGGUCCCUAAAGCCCUUCUUGGAGUCCCUGAAGCCCUCAACCAUCAAUCAAACCGAGGAAUAAAACUUUUUUAUUUUUUUUUAUUAUUGAUGCUGGCUGUCAUACAACGUUAAAUAGACCAAACCUUAUGCACCAAGUGAGUAGGGUUGGUAAUUCUUUGUUUCAGAGUUUCAAAGUUAUCUUUCACGCAUUUAGUUAAUUUUUUUUUUUUUUUUUUUUUUUUUUUUUUUUUUGUUUGCUUCUUUGUCAUUGUGAUCGCUCCAAUAACACACUCUCAGCCUCCAGUGGAUGGGGUCCCCCAUCACUUUCACUGACCCAGAAGGAGUCCUCAAAAUAUUGGUGCCUGAGAACCACUGCCUUAAAGGACAACUCCAGUUCAUUUUACAUAUUAAGAAAACAAUGCAGUUCUUUUUAGUAUUGCCUAAAUAGACUACACGCCAAAUACUUCAAUUUAAUCCUGCCUAAAAGGUGCGCGAAAUUACCAAAGCCUGCUAAUCCAAAAGGGCGAGGCACAGUGAAGGCAACAGCGCAGUUAAUACCUCCGUGUCAACGCAGCCCACCUUGUGCUACCUGUGUCAUGCUCCGGGCUCUCGGGGAGAUUUGUUUGCUUGUUACAUACCUUUUUUAACCAAAGUCAGCAGGCGGCGCUAACGGCAUGCUCAUCGUUGACCACGUGAUUCACAGAACACACAUGCGCCGUGUACUCCCGUGCAAGCAUGCGUCGGCGGCGGCAGCGUCCGUCGCGAGUGAGAGAGUCUGUUUGCGACAUUGAGCACGGCAUAUUUCUACCGAACAUUUGCUUCUACAAACCCGUCGCGACAUAUUUACAUGUGGUUUACUGAACUUCACUUUCUAUUAAUGUUUUCAAAACAAGCCCUUGGGAAAACUUGCCUUUUUCUGCGCUAAAACACAAGCUGCGGCCACGGUAGUGCAGGCGUCGAGUGUGGCAGACUGUCGAUCAUAGCAGGCAACACUUUCGCCCUUGCGCCCGACCGCAUGCCUGAUACAUGACAUCACGAUUUGUACCACGUGGUUAACGGAUGUAGGUGACGACACAGGAGCAAUGUUGUCCGCCGCAGGCGAGGUGUCAGUUUCGAUUUGUGGUUACCUUUAAAUGAAGAUUACGCAAAAAAUAUUACUUUUUCUGGAAAGAAAUGAUGUAGACCCGUUAUUACUACCUCGGGAUAUAUAAUUAUCAACCAUUAACUCAAAUUUCUUGAAAUUGACCAGAGUUGCCCUUUCAAACCGUAGGAUAAAACCUUAAUUCUUCCCCUUAUCUCAAACUUUUUAUCUAUCAUUAAUGCCGCUCAAAAAACAUGUCACCCUCGGUGAACCACAUAGUUACUGAACGGUAAAGAUUGCGUGCCAUGAUUGACAAAAGACGUCUGCACAAAAUGAACCCCCUUUUGCUGUGAUCGCACAUCUCAAACUGUCGUCUUAUGUGCUUCCGAGUCACCCACAGUGUGGGGAGAUUGGACAACAGAGUCGUACCUUCUUUCUGCUCAACUCUUUUACAGAGUUCGCUCUACUAAAUUGGGAAGAGUGGAGGGCUUUGUGAGUGGAGCUUAUUCUGUUAUUCUUGCACUUAACCUUCCUUAAACCAUAGUUUGUUUUUCUGUCUUUUAAUGUUGGUGAUUGAUGGAUCAUGUUAUAGGGUGGGUUCAUAUAAAUUCUGAAGCACCUUGCACCAAACAGGUGUUUUUAUCUUGUAAAUUUAUCCUAAAAAUGGCAACAAAUGUAACGAGAUGCCCAAGUGUGGCAAAGUAUUGCGAUACAAGCGAUACGUUGUAAAUGUAUUUCUCUACUGAGAUACAGAAACGUUUUUCAAAUGUGUCUUGAUACAGAGAUACAGAUACUAGAAAGUAUCUCUAAAAUACUAUCGCUACACAUUUAUAUCGUGAUACUGCCCUGUCCUGCCGCAAAGCAUGCGAGCUCCGUGAGUAUUGCUUCCUUGCAGUGCACAAGUGCUUUGUAAGAAACGCACUCAACAGGGCUAACCCACCGCGAUUAAAGGCGCACUUACACCGGCGACAUAAAGCAGUCGCGUGAUGCAACUAGAUCGCAUCGCAAUAAAAUUAGAUGGUCACACUGGCGUGCGCGAUGAGCAAGUCAUUGGCGAGUCGCUUCUCGAAAACUCGUUCCGAACGCCGCUGAUCAGCUUACUCGCUCCGCGACUAGAUCGCAUCACAAAAAGUCGGGUCAGCUGGCCAUUGCUCAAACCGCGUCGCUUUUUUGCGCGAUGGUCGCUUUUGCGAUUAAAGUUAUCAUGCAACUAGAUUGCAUCACCGGUGUGAACUUGCCUUUACACUUCAAAAAGUAUGAAUAUCGCGGUUCACCUCUGAACAGCAUAUUAUUUAAAACUAUUAUUUGAAUGUUCGCAUAACACUACAGUGUAUUCCCAUCAGAACGUUGAUUAAGCCAUGAAUAGUGCUCUAACAAUGCACAUUUCUUACUUAAUAACAUUUCCCGGGUAGGGGAGAGGUUCCCAUCAAAACGUCUAUUGAACCAUGAAUAGUACUUUGACAGUGCAUACUAUAUCCUAUUAAUAUUUACCAGGUGUGGAAAAGAUUCUUGUCAUUUUUUUUGUCAUGAUUUUCUUUACUUUUUUUAAUUUUCACAUAUCACAGUGCCUUGUAACUAUUAUGAUAAUUUGCGUGUAAUGAUUGGAUUGGAUUCUCAUACACAUCUGUGUAAGAAUGUUCAAUAUGUGUGUUUAUGAUGGCUCCAUUUGUAUUCUACAACACAGUGUUUAUUGUGGAAAUGGUUUUCAUGGGCUGAAUGAAGCUUGCUUCACACCGCUUUUACUCUGUAAUUUCCAAUUUUCCCUCAGUGAGGAUGGAUAUCUUGAGCGGUUGUUAUAAAACCAAAAUGUCUGCUUAACCCAAGAGAUUAAUCUACAUUUUAAACUGAAGUAAGUAAAAGACUUGUGCUCAUCAUCAUAUGUAUUUGUAGGGCAUUAUAUUACCAUGGUUACAAAACGAUCCAACGCACAGGCUUUCGUUUGCUGAGAAAUAUCUUUGAAUUAAUGAAUUUGGAGUUUUCUGGCGCAGUGAAAUAUCUUUGCAGAACAUUGUAAACUAAGCAUAAUUACUGCAUUUUUUUUUUCUUACUAUUAGUUCUACAUAGUCCAGUAGUGAAAACAAAACCCGGUUUUUCUACCUGCGUAAAUAAACUAUGCAUUACAGAAAGAUGGAAAGUGUGAUCCAAACCAACGCGUUUUUGUGCACGCGCAGGCUGUGCGUUUCCCAGAAAUUGAAUAUUUCAUGGCGUUUUUGUUGUUUCCAGGGUGCUUUCCGAGUCGCAACCAUACGCAUUUGUUAGGAUGGUGCGGCUUUUGGUGAGCUGAGCGCAUCUGCGCCAUACAGCGAAAAAACGCGGAGCCGGAACUAGUGUUCUCCACCGAUUGGCUGGGAGCAGGAGCGCCCUACUACUUACUUCACAGUGCGUUCUCGUGCGCGUUCAGAAAAAGUUGAAAUCAUCCAACUUUCUUGUACGCGCCCGGAAGGGGCAAGGAAUCAGCGCGACGUCACGAAAUGCACAAUUUCCGGGAGCCGCACGGCUUACGCACGCACAAAAAUGCGUUGGUUUGGAUCACACUGAACUCUGCGUGAAUGUGAAGCUGACAGUGGUGGUAGAAUCUGAAAGUUUACUGAGAGCAUGGUGUUACCUGGAUCAAAAGAUAAAACAGAAAAAUGAACCAUGAAAUGGCGUUGCAAGUACGGUUGGCAUUUAUUUUGGUGAAAAAAACUUACACCAAGAGAGACAGUCUUGUUAUCUUUUGGGGUGGCAAGUUGUUUUCACUGAAAUAAAUGCCACAGGUGCCCACAAUGUCAUUUCUUCGUUAGAAGAAUAUUGGGCCUAGGUAGAUGUCGGCGCAUAGAAAAUUUUUGCUUUUUUAUUUUAUUCCUUGAUCCAGAUAACAUGUUCUCAAACUUCUGCAUUUUAACACUACUGCUGGUGACACAUUCUGAUGGAGUUUCAGCUUUCUGCAAUGCAUAGUAGCUUAUUUAUGUUCGCCAAAAAGAAAGGUUUCAUAUUCUCUAUUGAACCCUGUACGGCUUUUUUUAGUAAUGGCUAAAUUCUGUUUAUGGCUUCUACUAGUACUGGUGCUCCAUAUUCAAAUGUCAUUUCUGACAGAGUGCAAUGUCUAUAUAUAUAUUUAUAUAUAUAUAUAAUGUAUUAUAGUUUUGGGAAUAGUGCUGAAAAUUAAGCAUCAUGCUACAUAGCAGUUUUGGGGAAAAAUUAUUGUAGCAGAACAUUUCGAAAUUUCUUUUCUUCGAUGUACAUAUCCUGGAUGCAGAAGAAGCACAGUCGUAAAUAGUGUACUAGGCAUUUUUAAGUUUCCCAAUGAAAAGAAUAAUAAAAAAAAAUGUAUAAAACAAACUACAUUUUUAGUAAGUGCUCAGUUGCAAGUCUAUGCUUGUUUGUGGUGUUUGUGCCUUCCUUCUAAUUAUUGUAUGUACAUAGUGUCUUCUACAAAAGAGAAUGAGAGUGAAUGGUUUAAAGACUAGCUGUUUUAAAAAAUUGGUUACAGUAUUUUAGAAAGGUACUUUUCUAAAACCUGACAAUAUUUUUCGUGUAAAUUUUCUGAUUUACUGCAGCUGUGUGACUUGUUUUCACUAAAUGCUAAUUUGUUCACAUACCCAACAUAAAUACAAGCUAAAUCUUUCAAGCAUUUCAUUUGUUUGUAUAACAGUGGUAUGUAUAUCUGUUUGUCAGUUACUGUGCUGUAUGUUUAUGUAGGGUGAUAUCUUGAAUGGUCAAAUUUUCCUAUUAAAAGGUUAGGAGAUUUUUUUUUUUUUUUCUGAAUAAAUUGGGAAAAACUUGAUGCUGUGUC